GGUAAGAAUUAAGGAGGGUUUUAGUUUGCAUUCGAUUUUUAUUUUAUAAACCAUUCGUGUGAAUUUGGCAACAAAUUAAAAUAAGGAAUAUAAAGAUGGGUUUAAAAAAAUUCGUUGUUGUAUUGGUUUUGUUUAAUUCUUUUUCGAGUAACGUCGCAUAUCCACUACAAAUUUUCGACAAAGGUUGUAAUCCAACAGGGGUUUUAUGCAAAAGCUCAACUACUUACACUUUUUGCUCCACAAUUGGAAAUCAAGCCUUAUAUAUUAUUUUGAAUGAGUUUUCUUGCCCUGAAGGCUAUUUUUGUAAUGAAAAUGUUAAUUUCCCUUGUAUUUUAGGUGAACAAACAACUCAAGCAAUAAUAACCGAAAUUACAACAGAAUUAAGCGAAAUAACAACUGAUAUAACACAAUUGGACGAAAUUACAUCAACUGAUGUAAUUGUAACAGAUACAACAGACACAACUGAAAAUGAAGAAAUGACAGAAAAUGUUUCAGAAAAUGUUACAGAAAAUGUUACAGAAAUUGUUACUACUGAAUUUGUUACUACUUCAUCUACAACAAAAAAACCAUUUUUACCACCAAAUUGUAUUGCAAAAGGAUUUCAUCCCGGACCAAAUUGUUCUCAAUAUUACGAAUGUGUUUCAGAGUAUUUUUGGAGUUACAAGGCGGUUUUAAGAAGUUGUGAUGAUGGAUUGUAUUUUAAUUCAAACACGAAAACUUGUGUCGAGCCAUCAAUAAGUGCCUGCGUCGACUAAUUUUAUUAAUUGUACCCUUUUUACGCCUCUUAAUCAAUAUUUAUUUUAUCCAUAUUGUAUAAUACAUUAUUCCCAUUUUAAAUAUUGACACUAAAUAACGCUCUGUUUAGCUUGUACUUGUAUAAACAUAAUUUCCUUUCAAAUAGAUAUUUUUCGAUCAACUCCAACUUUGUCCGUUUGUAUAAAGAUAAAGAAAUAAAACAAGAAAAUUGUAAGUGUAAGCCUUGUAACCUGUUGAUAGCCGUUAGCGUUUCUUAGAUAACAGGGUCCCCAUUUGCCGUUUGCAUCGCGAAUUCCUGAAAUAUUACUCGGGCAAUUUAUCGACGGGAUCUGGCAAAGGACGUGAACAGCAUAAAUGCGAACCUCGAUAUGGUAACAGCUGUUGUUGCCGUCAAAUCCUAUCUGGUUUAUGUAUCUAUUGUUUCAUCGAGUAUUAAGACCAACACACUUCCAUUGUAUACGCUUGUUAUGGUCAAUGUUAUCUCUUUUUAACAUUUCGAACUAUUAACUUGUAAUUUAUAAUAGUUAAUAAUAUUAAAUACUUUGGUUCUGUGACA